GCGGCUGGUCUUCUCUUGCCCACAGGUUCCUCUUAUCAGCCUUGAUAGCCAGCCCGACUUCCCUUGGAUGCACGACCGUGUCGGAGCCAUCAACAACCCUUCUUAUCUGUUCAGCACCAACGUGUACCACGUUGGCCCAAUGAACCUAUGGCAACGCGUGCGCAACACGUAUCAGCUGCUGGCGGCACAGUACCUGUUCAAGGUCCAUAUCCAGGACCCAAGCGACGAGGUAGUUCGGGAGUUUUUUGGCGCAGACACGCCGCCCAUCUCAGAAAUGCUAAGGAGCACCAGCCUCGUCAUGAUCAACGGUCACGUGAGCUUUACCCUGGCCAGGCCCCUGCCUCCCAACACACUGGAGGUGGGCGGCCUACACCUCAAGAACCGCCGCCCUGACCGUAGCUCAGCGCCUCUUGAGUCGGAACUGCCCGAGCUAAGUCGUUGGAUGGAUGGUGCCGAACGGGGAGUCAUCUUGAUGGCGCUGGGCUCCAUCGUCACCUCUAGCUCGCUGCCCAAGCCCGCUGUUCAGGCCUUCCUGGAUGCCUUCGCUGCGCUUGGCCCGCACUACCGCGUCGUGUGGAAGUACGAGGCCGAUGACAUUGCUGACAGCCUGCCCCCCAACGUCCGCAUAGCGUCCUGGCUCCCGCAGUUUGACGUUUUGGCCCACCCCAAGACGGUGCUGUUUGUCGGGCAUGCCGGCCUGAUGGGGUCCUCUGAGGCCAUGUUCCUGGGCGUGCCACUCGUUUGCAUCCCCAUGUUUGGGGACCAGCCCUUCAACGCUGCCCUUUUUGAGUAUAAGGGCAUCUCGGUGACUCUGGACCACCGCCGUGACCUUAACAAGGACACGAUUCUGGCAGUGUUGCGCAAGAUCCUUGACACCGACAAGUAAGUGUGAGGGGGAAAUGAUUU